CAAAUCAAACCCGGGCAUUUUACUUUAAUUUUUUUUCAAAAAAGAAAGAAACACCAGGGCCAAAAAUGUCUAGAACCGCAGGGCAAAAUCUGGCAGCAGAUGUAACACAAUUAAUAGAUCAAUUAGAUCGCCAUUGUUUAGCUCCUGAUGGAUCCCUCAUCACUAAAUCUGUUUACAAUGAUCUUCAACUUGCGCGUGAAGAAAUGUCCAGAGAAAGAUUACGGUAUUUGGAAGCCAUGGCUAUAUAUUGUGAAGCAAUUGGGAUGGUGGAAGAUUACCAACAGGCGGUUUCGGUUGCUAAUCUUGGUGGGAUUCGAGACGGUCAGGGUUUGCAUUCCAAUCUUGGCCUCAAGAAUACUCCUCAGGUAUAUGAAGCGCUUGAACAUCGAUUAGUUGUUGCAGAAGCUGCUCAGAGAUUGAGACUUCCUCUAAUAUCAAAAGAUGGGGAGGUCCACGAGGAAGAAAUAGAAAAAAUGAGUGUAUUAUCACGAAGCUCCAUUGAUAGUACAACUACCAAUAUCACAAUAAACUCAAACUCAAGCAACUACACAAACAUUUCUUCAAUAAACAUUGGUGCUUCUGAUGCUGGAGAUCCUGGAGUCGGUGGUGUUCCUGACCGUUUUCUUGGAAUAACACCUGGUUAUUUGUGGCAAAGUCAGGUCCAACAUGCAUCAUUGCCUAGGGAUGUGGCAGAAUACCAAAUGCCACUUCUUCGUGAGAUUGAGGGUCGCUUGAAGUCUAAAUGUGAUAAGUUAGCUGACGCUUUUAUAGAUGACUUAGAUAGGUCAACUGGUAAUCAAAAUUCAAGUGCCCGGCUUCCUGAAAGGGUGAAGUUAAUUAUUGAGGAGAUUGAAAGAGAAGAAGGUGCUUUACGUGAAGAUUUAUAUUCUGCUGACAGAAAGUUUGCAGAGUAUUAUAAUGUCUUGGAACAGAUACUUGGUGUCCUUAUUAAGCUUGUGCGAGAUUUAAAGUUGCAACAUCAUCAUAAAUAUGACGAACUGCAUAAAAGUUGGUUGUGCAAAAGGUGUGAAACUAUGAGUGCAAAAUUAAGAGUAUUGGAGCAUAUUCUCUUGCUUGAGACAUACACACAGGAAUCAGUUCCAGCUCUGCAUGAGAUAAGGAAAUAUCUUGUUGAAGCCACUGAAGAAGCUUCACUUGCUUAUAACAAAGCGGUGACACGACUUCGUGAAUAUCAAGGGGUUGACCCGCAUUUUGACACGAUUGCAAGGCAAUAUCAGGAUAUUGUGAAGAAACUGGAGAAUAUGCAGUGGACAAUUCACCAAGUUGAGAUGGACCUCAACCGUUUACCAAGUUCUUGAUGUAAAUUCAGUGAUAUGUUGGACCUCUCAUUUUGUGCUGUUUGGUUUUGUAUCAUAAUACAAGAUGAAUCAAUGAGAUAACUGUGUCGUGAUUGAGUGUUA